AUGGAGAACAAUCAUAUUACUAUGUUCAGGUCACUUAAUGCUCAUUCCACCAAUUAUACCAUCAAAGCUAAGAUCAUAUCUAUGUGGGAUAAAAAAAUGAAUGGUUAUGAUAACCAGAUCUAUCGUGUUGACAUGUUGUUAAUGGAUGAAGAGGGUGCCUUCAUUCAAUGUAGCUGUUUACAUAAGCUUUUCAAACGGUUCCUUAAGUUUUUGGUAGUUGAUGACCGUUUAUUGAUUCAUAAACCAUCCCUAGCCAAAGAUACAACCAACAUUAAGGUUACCGGAAAAGAUCAGAAGCUAUCUUUUUAUGCUUUCACGUCUGUUCUGAAAACUGAUAACUGGUCUGGUCCUCGGUACUUAUUUAAAUUCACUGAUUUUAAAUCUGUGUUGAGUAAAAAAAUUGAAGUGAAUACACCAAUAGAUUUCAUCGGUUAUUUGGUUGUCUCAUAUCCUAUUGAAGAUGCAAAUAGGAAGGAUGGAUCUAAAACAAAACGAAUGAGCAUUACCUUGAAGGAUCUCGAAGAUCAGAAGAUUAGUGUAACGUUGUGGGAAAAUUAUGCAAUCACUUUGUCAAACUACAUGAAUGACAAAAAUCGACCUGCUCAUGUGGUUAUACUUGUCCAUUUUGGAACAGUUAACAUAUAUCAAGGUAAAGUUGGCCUGACUAACAUGUUUGAAGCAAGUCGUGUCUUCAUAAAUUCUGAUAUUCAUGAGAUCAAAGAAUUCAAAGACAGAUAUCUUGAGAAGGAGUUUUCUAAAUCAUCUUCAAGUAAACAAUCAUGCUCACAAGUGAUCUCGAAUACAGAAGAUGAGUUUCUAAAUGCUGAAGAUUUUGUUUUGACCGGUUUUAUUGCUUCAAUUGAUGUGGAGAAAAAGGUUAUCAUUGUUGGUACUGUUAUAGCUAUUUCAAAUGAUAAGCCGUGGUAUUAUUUAUCAUGCAAUGUUUGUAAGAAGCAAAUUGAAGAGAAAACUGAGUUGGUUGAAAGAGAUGAUGGCAGUUUUGACGUGUUGGAUGACAAGUCGUUUGAGUUCAUUUUAUACAAUUGUUAA